UCUCAAAUUACGCAUGCGUAGUGUUACUUUCUGUUCAUGAAACAUGGCUGCUUCCAAUAGUAGGGUUCUGAGAUCUGUCUUAAAUGGAUGUUAUGGUUCGGUUUCAUGGUUGUCACUUUGCGGAAGGCAUUGCACUGAGUCUGCACAACGGACCUGCAUGGGAAAAGGGUGGUACCUGUCACAAAGUACCUUCACAGAUCUAGGAUCACAGAAGCUCAGCAGAUUUUCUGCCUCAAAGUUAUGUAGCAGAUCAAUAUGCAGUAGUUCACACCUACAGAAGAGGAAUGUUGCUGCAACAGGCCCAGAAAAGUUUUCCGAUGAAUUUGUUAGAAAACAGAUAGAAAAAUUUAAUAUUGGAAAGAGGCAUUUAGCUAAUAUGAUGGGGGAAGAUCCAGAAACUUUCACUCAGGAAGAUAUUGAUAAAGCUAUUGCCUACCUCUUCCCCUCAGGUUUGUUUGACAAGAAGGCCCGUCCUCUCAUGAAGCACCCUGAGGAGAUUUUCCCAAAGCAGCAAGCAAUCCAGUGGGCACCAGAUGGACGUCCAUUCCAUUUUCUGUUUUAUACUGGCAAGCAGACAUAUUACUCAUUACAAUAUGACACAUAUGAGAAGUUAUUAGAAAUUCAGAAAUAUGAAGAUCGAAUGAGAGCUAAGGAUCUCUUUUCAAAAGAGACUAAACAAGUAAACCUUUCUGGCAGUAGAUGGCUAACUAAAGAGGAACUGGAGGAAAUGCUCGUGGAAAAAAUGUCAGAUCAAGAUUACAUGCGUUUUAUCCAUUUACUGGAGAGGAUACUAACUCUCCCCUAUGCCAGCACUGAGGAAGAGCACAUCCAAAAAUUCCGCAAGACCCUUGAAGUUCAGUCUAGAAAGCAGAAGAUAGAACCAAUACAGUAUGAUGAUAAGGGCCGAGGCUUCAGCAUAGGAGAGGGAAGAAGGAAAUCUGCAACAGCAUCUGUUAAACUUUAUGAAAAUGGGACUGGAAAAAUUACCAUUAAUGGAGAUAACCAUCUUCAGUUUUUUCCUGUUCUUCAAGAUAGGGAGCAGCUGAUGUUUCCAUUCCAGUUCCUGGAUCGACUCUGUAUGCAUGACAUGGAUUGUACAGUCUCUGGUGGUGGGAGUUCUGCUCAGGCUGGAGCUAUACGAUUGGCUGCUUCAAGAGCUCUACUUAGUUUUAUCCCAGAGAAUGCAAUGGAGUCUAUGAGGCAAGCUGGUUUGCUGACUCCUGAUCCACGUGUGAAGGAACGCAAAAAGCCUGGUCAAGAAGGUGCCCGUAGGAAGUUCACAUGGAAAAAACGUUAAAAUGUCAACCUGUUCCAGUGCUCACACUUGACUGAACAUACUUGAGGAUUGUACUAUGACUACUCUAGAGUCGACUUUUAUAAUAUUACACACUGAAUUUUCUUUUAUUUUUAUAAACAGCCAAUUUUGUUUUGUAAUUCAAUGUACAGAAGUAUCAUUAAAAUCCAUCUAUGAAAGAACUUCAGCAGUACAUGGAAAACAUCUAAAAUCUCUUUUCAGAGAAACAUUUCUUAGAAACUUCUCAAAUAAUCCAGCUUCUCAGUAUUGUAUUACUCACAGCACAUUAUAAACCAAGGUGAAACUGGUCAUUGCAUAGAAAAUCCUGCCAGUACCUUCAGAAACAUCAUUAAGAGCCAGGUGUUAGUCUGUGCUGUUUGUGAUUUCAUCCUGCUAAGUGUGUGCUGUUCAUCUGUAGAAAGAAUAUACUGGGAUUCCAGCUUCCAUAAGUACUGAAUGUUAUUUUAAAAAGUCCUUAUUAACCUUCUGUACAGUUUAUUGAUUUAGUUUUAUAAUCUGAUCAUUUUUGUAAAACUUUGUUAUACCUCUCUGCUGCUUUUACUACUGUACUUUACAAGGAGUAGAACCGCAUCUGAUGUGUUGUAUUUUUUACUUGCAUUUUGUGCCAUCUUCAUGGAAUAGUCUUGUAACCUGUUUUUACAUAACUCUAUCCAUUUUAGGCAAGGAUAACACCCCCUUUUCCUUUUUGCAUCAUUUAGUUUUCCUAAAGUUUAAACAUAAACAAAGCCUCUUCAGCUUUUGUGGCUGUAAUGUGAAAUCCUUUUUUGCCUGCAUUGCAAGGGUCAUAAGCAUUCUUACUCAGUAUAUCUUGGAUAUCUUUUAGCUGUCCCUGACUUUCAUAGGGAAUACACACCUUGGCUCUAAAUGUUAUCAUUGGCCUUUCUAAGUUAGUUUCUGUGACCAGUGUGGGUAUCUUCCUAGAAUGUCAUACAUUUACAGUAUGGACUUGGUUUUCCUUGGAAAUAAAUGUUACACUCAACAUA